UUUGUAAACUAUUGCAUUCUGUUUUUAUUUACAAUUUGUACUUUGUCCCAAGUUUUUUGGAAUCGGGGUUGUAUACAGGGACGCAGGAACUAGGGGUGCUGAGGGUGCUGCAGCACCCCCCUCUUGGACAACAGACACAACUACAACAUUGGCGUUGUAAAUUCAGGCAUACAUUUUUCUUUUAUUCUAAAAUAAAAACAAAAUGAAAAAACAUUUUUUUUUUCUAAUUUUUACAUGCUUAUAAGUAGUUUUAAAUGUAAUUUAAAAAUUUGGUUUGAGGUGAGUGAUAAACGUUUAGACCUCAACCAGACCGGAAAGAACAGUGGCGUAGAACAGUGCACUGGUGGCGGGAGAGUUCGUUUAGCUAGUGGUGUGUGUCAAUGUAGCAGCAAUGAGCCAGAAAAGGAUUUCUGAUUUCUUUAAAGAUGGAGGGGGCCAAAAAGCCAAAGAGAAAAAGUCUUAUGACGGAGGGCACGAGGAAGUUCAUCAUCUUCCUCGUGCCUGCCCUCGAUGAUGAAGAUGAGAGGCCUUCAUCAUCAGGGCAGGCUUCCCACUCCAGCACUGGCUGUAGCACUGCCACUGACCAGCAGCUAACUGGCUGUAGUGAAAGCACCAGUAGGGCUACCACCUCCCCUGUCAGCGAGGCAACAAGUGGGUAUGUACCCGAUGAUAAACCCUUUCAACCAACAGACCACUCGUUCCCAGCCAGACGCUUUGGCAAGGAAAAUUUCUCCCGGUCCUUUAACCCUGGAUGGUUUAAUCAAUGGUCAUGGCUACACUAUGAUAAAGAGCAUGACAGCGCUCUGUGUUUUCAUUGCUGCUCUGCGAUCAAGAAGGGCCUUGUCAAUAAAGAUACAGAAAUAGCAAGUGCUGGCAGUUUUGUGAGAGGGGGGUUCCGAAACUGGCGAAAGGCAAAUGAGAAGUUCAACAGUCACGAGAAGUCGCGCUUUCAUCUUGAAGCUUUAAAUAAACUAACAGCAUUAAAGAUGACGCCCAUUAAUGCAUUGCUAUCAAACGCAAUCGCGAAAAAUCAGAUGACUGCGCAGACAGUUUUAGAGCUAGCCUUCAGAUCGCUGAAGUUUCUGGGACGUGAGGGGCUACCUAUAAGAGGACAACAUCAUCGUGAUGGUGUGUUUUGGCAGCUGAUGCUGGAGAGGACGUAUUCCGAACCAGCGGCACGCGACUGGCUUCUCAGACGGGAUAACUGGAUGGGGUGCGAAACCCAAAAUGAGAUUCUGGAACUUCUAGCUCAUGCCGUGCAGAGGAAGAUAGUGACAGAGGCGCAAAGCUCCCCAUACUAUGGCUUGAUUGCAGACGGAACAACGGACAUCACAUUGUGCGAACAGUUUUCCUGUCAUUUGUUCUACACUGACCAACAGUUUAACCAGAAGUGCCAGUUUUUGGGCUUCUGCAACGCAGCUGACAGUACAUCUGAGACUUUGUUCCGGUGUAUCAAGGAUUUGUUUUUGCAUUUGAACCUACCUCUAAAUAAGUUGCAGGGGUAUUGUUUCGAUGGGGCCAGCAACAUGGCUGGGAAAUUUUCGGGGGUUCAGGCGAGACUCGGGAAGGAAUGUCCAGGAUCAUUGUUUGUGCAUUGUGUCAACUACUCCCUUGACCUGGUGCUACAAGAGGUCGCACGAGAGGUACCGCUUAUAUCGGAAACACUCCAGUUUGUGCAGAGCGUAUCAACUGUCAUCAGAGAAUCUGUCAAGCAAAAGACCGUGUUCGAGUUGUCUUUCGGUGAGGAAGAAGAAAGAUGCAACCUCCUUGGUUUAUGUGCCACAAGAUGGAGCGUCAGAGCCACUGCCAUAUCUAGAGUGACACGCUCGUUUGGCGCAGUUCUCCAAACACUCCAAACACUCCAACAAGACCGCAGCAUUCGAGGGGACACGAGAUCUAAGAUCGGUGGUAUUCUCAAACAAGCUCAAAAGGGAAAAACCAUGUUCGGGCUGAUCUGCUCAGAGUCCCUCUUCACUCCCUGUGAAACUGUGGCCAAAGCGCUCCAAGCAGAGCAUUCCACCGUCACUGGAGUGCUAGAGUGCGUACGGGCCCUCGGGGAGCGCAUGCGAGCCUUGCGCACCGAAGAUGCAGUGAAUGAAAUGCUGACAAAAACAACAGCAUCAGCAGCUGCACAUGGCCUCAAGAUGCCGGACCCAAAUAGCCGCCUUGUAAAAACGCCAUCAAGGUUCCUUGCCACAGCCCAGGCUGAGGACAUCGUCCCAUCCAAAGGAGUACCAGCUUGGAAGAGAGAGUUUUUUGAAGCGGUAGACCUUGUGAGCUGUGAACUGGACCGGCGAUUUGAUCAAAGUGGGAUGGCAACAGCUGCUCUGAGGGAGUCCGUGCUGCUCAAUGCAGCCAAAGGAUCGGUUGACACAGAGGCCCUGAAGACCCUGAAGUUGCCAGAAAACAUCAAGGUGCCUGCUCUUCAGAUGCAGUUACAGAUGCUGGCAGGGCUAAUCCAACAGCAAAGCUUUCUAAAUAUCAACGGCCUUGCAAUGUACAUGUCCACCCUACACGUUCAAACCCGAGCACUCUUCAGAGAUGUGGAAGCACUCCUCCAUCUCUGUCUGUCUCUCCCCAUUUCUGUGGCCUCAUCCGAGAGGUCAUUCUCGGCACUUCGCCGGCUGAAGACCUGGCUCCGCAACACCGUCACUCAGCGGAGAUUGACCUACCUAGCCCUACUCCACUUGCACCAAGAUAUCUUGGAUACAGUGGACAUCCACGCCCUUAUGAGGGAGUUCAUCAGCGCCACGCCAGAGCGCAAGACAACCUUUGGAAUUAUUCCAUCUGUUCAUUGAAUGGACGCAAGAGGAGAAUCAGCGCGGCUGCCUCCGCUGCGUGUGUGAGAGCGGGAGAACACUAUGAACGAGUGUGGACU